AUGUUUCGCCGCGCGAGGCUAUCUCGAAUAACCCGAACCCCUAUCGUCUGCUCCAUCGCAAGCACCAGAGGAUUGAGAAUACUCGCUUCGCCCAAGCAUCAUCCACACACCCGCAUCGCCGUCCUAUACCAGGCUGUGGAACCGCCGGUAGUCAACGGCCUGCGCAAACCGAAGAAACCCGGCGGUUACAGAGACUCGGGCGCGGAUAUAUGCUACGUCCUUCGACAGCAUGGCCACGAUGUGAUUACAGAGGCUGAACAGCCAUCCCCGCUGCAGGAUGAUGGCUGGUGCUUUCCCGACACGGAGCGAGGCAUCAAGGCCGCGAUUGACCGUGGCGCGACUCACUUGUGGGCCAACACCACCCUCUUUGCCGCACAUCCGCUGCAGGCGUCCGAGGCGUUGGAUAGAUAUGCACCGAGGUUGCGGGUCGUCGGCCAGCCUCCGCUGCUGGUCGAUGCAUUCGACGACAAAAACUUUGUGAAUGCUUUGUUGCGUCGAACGGCGCGAUUCACUCUGCCUGACUCUCGGAUUUUGGACUGUGCAGACACUGCUUUGGUCUUGGGGAUGCGGUAUCCCGUUGUGGGCAAACCGAUUCGUGGUCGGGGCAGCCACGGGGUGAAAUUAUGUCGAAAUGAGGGCACGCUGCGUGCCCAUCUGGAGAGUCUGUUGAAAGAAAGCCCCCUCGUCAUGGUGGAGGAGUAUCUACCUGGCGAGGAAGGCACAGUAACGAUCAUGCCUCCAUCGAGCGACCACCCGGGAUACUGGUCGCUGCCACUUGUCGUCCGCUUCAAUCACGAAGAUGGAAUCGCGCCCUACAACGGAGUGGUGGCGGUGACUAGCAACUCCCGCAUUCUUUCCGACGAGGAAUUGCAAGCCGAUCCGACUUAUGCCGACAUCUGCAAGCAAUGCGAACAUGUAGCGGAAAUGCUUCGCGUUACUGCUCCCAUUCGCAUCGACGUGCGACGAGUCACGAAGGAGAAGGGCUCCAAGUUCGCCAUGUUCGAUAUCAACAUGAAGCCCAAUCAGACCGGCCCGGGGCGGCCAGGGCGAGAAGACCAGGCGAGUCUGACGGCGAUGGCGGCGACGAAGCUGGGAUGGGAUUAUGGGGCGUUGCUGAUGCACGUCCUGGGCUCCGCGCCGACGUUGAAGGAGCUGAGGAGUAUUUCAUUGAAUUGA